AUGAAAACAUUACAACCACGAAGAUCGGUCUCAGUAGCUCUGCUUCUGCUUAUGUUAGCUUUCUUUAACAGCAAGAUUCAUACAGAGGGACACAUAGUUUUGAGGGAUUUGGAGAUAAGCAUGGAGAAAUCUCUUGGAGAUAGCCUGCUAAGAAUCUCAAGGAGUCGAUACAGUCCUAUAAAUAACAAGAGAAAUCCAAGUAAAAAGCAUAAGAUCACAUCAAGAUAAGCUUAGAUAUGCCUCUUAUUCUUUUGUAACUUAGAUCUUCAGUAUUUUUUUAGUUGGUUGUAAAAUAAUAUGCUUACACUUGUUUGUGCAUGUUAGCAUUGUAGAGUUAAAAUUGUUACUGUUUUUACUAGUCUUACUUUUUUUUACAAUGCCACUGUUUAUUGAGUCAGAGCUCAUAGUAUAAUUUUUGUACCUCUAAUUGUUCAUUAGAAUUUUAGGUUUUACAUUUUAAAAUUUCUAUUGAUUUACUUGAUUUCAAUAGAUUUGAAAUUUUUUGUACAUAUAUCUCUUCUUUUUUUCUUUUUACUGGUAAAUUCAAGGAUUUUUUGGAGAUGUUUAUUGCAUAAUCUUUCUAAAUCAUGGAACUAAUGUACCUAAACCA